AUGGCGGUGGACCUGAUGUCCUGCGGCGGCGGGGCCGGGGCGUACGAGCAGCUGGCGUUCCAGGAGGCGGCCGCGGCGGGGCUCCGCAGCCUGGAGCUGCUGGCUUCCUCGCUGUCGUCCCCGUGCGCCGCGGGGCAGCGGGCGGAGUCGCCGCCGCUCGGGCAGAUCGCGGACCAGGCGGUGUCCCGGUUCCGCCGGGUCAUCAACCUGCUGGACCGCACGGGGCACGCACGGUUCCGCCGCGCGCCCGCCGUCGCCGUCGCCGCGGUGGUGGAGCCCAUGGAGACGGAGACGACGCUCCAGGCCGCGUCGCAGGCGGCAGCGGCGGUGGAGCCGCAGCCGCCGCAGAAGAAGGCCCUGCUGACGCUGGACUUCACCAAGCCGGUUCCGGGGAGCGUGUCAAAGGGCUGCAGCCUCGCCGUGUCCUCCGGCAAGCCUCCCCUCCCGAAGCGCAAGCUCCCGUGCCCUUCCUCCACCGCCGCCGCUCCCCAGCAGGCGAAGCAGCACCAGCACCAGCACCCCACGGAGUCCGCCGGCGCCGGCGGGCGUUGCCACUGCUCCAAGAAGAAGCGGAGCCGGCAGGGUGUGUCCCGGCGCACGGUGCGCGUGCCCGCGGCCGCGGCAGCGGCGCUGGGGUCCCACGUGCCGGCGUCGUCGGACAUCCCCACCGACGAUUACUCGUGGCGCAAGUACGGGCAGAAGCCCAUCAAGGGGUCCCCCUACCCGCGCGGCUACUACCGGUGCAGCAGCGCCAAGGGCUGCCCCGCGCGGAAGCACGUGGAGCGCGCCGCCGACGACCCGGCCAUGCUCGUCGUCACCUAUGAGGGCGACCACCGCCACGACGCCGCCGGCGCCGUCCGAUCCCGCGUGGCCUGA